AUGCGAGCCAUACAUCUUGAAGUUCUGUCUUCUUUGGACACAGACUCCUUCAUUAAUGGUUUCAGAAGGUUUUUGGCGAGACGUGGUCAAGUUUUGGAAAUCCAUUCGGAUAAUGGCACUAACUUUGUGGGCGCUGAGCGUGAAUUGAGGAACGCCAUUGAGAAUCUGAAUCAGAACCUCAUCAAUGACAUGCUGUUACAAAAGAAUGUGAAAUGGGUUUUUAAUCCCCCAACAGCAUCCCACCAUGGAGGUGCUUGGGAAAGGCUAAUUCGGUCAGUCCGUAAGGUGCUAAACUCUAUUUUGAAGACUCAGACCCUGGAUGAAGAAGGCUUGGUGACAGUGUUCUGUGAGGCUGAAGCUAUUGUUAAUAGCCGCCCUUUAACAAAGGCAUCAACAGAUCCUCAAGACUUGGAGGCAUUGACUCCUAACCAUCUUCUUCUGCUUAAGUUGCAACCUUCGUUGCCACCAGGAUUGUUCGAGAAGGAGGAUGUUUACAGUCGUCGUCGCUGGAAACAAGUGCAGUAUAUGUCGGAUUUGUUCUGGAAGCGCUGGGUGAAGGAAUAUCUUCCUGGACUUCAGGAGCGCCAGAAGUGGAAUACUGCCAAGAGAAACUUUGUCCCAGGAGAUCUUGUGGUGCUAGUGGAUGAGAUGGCACCUCAAGCGGGCGGAAGAGAGGGAAUCAGACGUCACCGGUGUCGGCACUGUGACAAAUCCUUCAAAAGAUUGGACUCUUUAAAGAUUCAUCAGAGAGUUCACACUGGAGAGAAACUGUACAGCUGUGACCAGUGUGGGAAAACUUUCACUACACCAGGUGCACUAAAAGUCCACCAACGUGUUCACACUGGAGAGAAACCAUACAGCUGUGACCAGUGUAGGAAAGCUUUCACUACAGCGGGCCACCUAAGAAUCCACCAACAUAUUCACACUGGAGAGAAACCUUACAGCUGUGACCAGUGUGGGAAAGCUUUCAAUCAUUCAAGUACACUAAAAGUCCACCGGGCUGUUCACACUGGAGUUAAACCUCACUGGUGUGAACAAUGUGGGAAAACUUUCAGUAAGUCUGAUAAGUUACAAAACCACAUGCGUGUUCACACUGGAGAGAAGCCGUACUGGUGUGAACAAUGCGGAAAAACUUUCAGUAGGUCCGAUCAAUUAAAAAUCCACCAACGUGUUCACACUGGAGAGAAACCACACUGGUGUGAACAGUGUGGAAAAACUUUCACUCAAUUAGGUCACCUAAAAAUCCAUCUGCGUAUUCACACUGGAGAGAAACCAUACUGGUGUGACCAGUGUGGAAAAACCUUCGCUUCAUCAGGUGAACUAAAAAGCCACCAACGUGUUCACACUGGAGAGAAACCGUACAGCUGUGACCAGUGUGGAAAAACCUUCACUUCAGCAGGUGAACUAAAAGGCCACCAACGUGUUCACACUGGAGAGAAACCGUACAGCUGUGACCAGUGUGGAAAAACUUUUGCUCAUUCAGGUGUCCUAAAAAAACACCAACGUGUUCACACUGGUGAGAAACCCCACUGGUGUGAACAGUGUGGAAAAACUUUCACUCAAUCAGGUCACCUAAAAAUCCAUCUGCGUAUUCACACUGGAGAGAAACCUUACAGCUGUGACCAGUGUGGAAAAACUUUCACUCAAUCAGGUCAUCUGAAAAGCCACCAACGUGUUCACACUGGUGAGAAACCUUACAGCUGUGACCAGUGUGAAAAAGCAUUCAUUUCAUCAAGUAACCUAAAAGCCCACCUGCGUGUUCACACUGGAGAGAAGCCGUACUGGUGUGAACACUGUGGGAAGACUUUCACUACAUCAAGUGAGCUAAAAAAACACCAACGUGUUCACACUGGAGAGAAGCCGUACUGACAAGCAUUCACACAGCAUCAAUUAAUUUUAUUUUUUUUAAGCUAAGCUAGCUCUUUCCUCCUACUCUCCUCCUCAUUACCCUCAUUACAACCACCUGUUUAUAAUGUGACUGUGCUGGAUUAACAUCAUGGUUAGCGCUCCUUCACUAAUAAACACAGCAUUAGCAGUAAUAUGUUGGGCAGUAAUACUGUAAUAUUACUUUUCCCAGUAAAGAAUAGUGUGACGGAUUACUAUUUCCAAAACAGUAAUGUUAUUACAGUUAUUAAUCAUAUUAAGGCUGCCAUACUGUAUGGACCAUCCCUGACGUGAAUGCGCUGCAGCUCAGCGGCAUCGGACCUUAUCCGCUAUUAGCCAAAAAGGAAGACGGGAGAACAGGGAGGAGAGGUAUUUUCGACAGCUCUAAGUAACAUUGUUGCCGUUAUUGUGUCAGUCUACGAUGCAAAGAACAUUGUCGUCCGUUAUCCAACGAAGGUUAAAAUGAAGGGCAACUGGACUUGGUUGAAGCUACUGGAAGACGUUUCGUCCCUUAUCCAAAGGACUUCUUCAGUUCUGACUGACUGG